CCGACCAAGUCUCCCCGACCAUGCGUCCCAUCGGUCUCCUCGGCCUCAUUGGCCUCAUUGGCCUCGCCAAUGCAGCCUGUCCCUACAUGGCCGGCGAUCUCGGUCAUCGCGACGCCUCCGACUCCUCCGAUGAAUUCCUCUCUCAGUACUACCUCAACGACAACAAUUCUUACAUGACUACCGACGUCGGCGGCCCCAUUGAGGACCAGAACAGCCUCAGCGUCGGCGAGCGUGGUCCCACCCUCCUCGAAGACUUCAUCUUCCGCCAGAAGAUCCAGCGCUUCGACCAUGAGCGGGUCCCCGAACGUGUCGUCCACGCCCGCGGCGCCGGUGUCCACGGGGUCUUCACCUCCUACGGCAACUUCUCCAACCUCACUGCGGCCUCAUUCCUCGCCGAAGAGGGCAAAGAGACCUCCGUGUUCGUGCGCUUCUCCACCGUCGCCGGCAGUCGCGGCAGCACCGAUCUCGCUCGCGAUGUGCACGGUUUCGCAACUCGUUUCUACACCGAUGAGGGGAACUUCGAUAUCGUCGGAAACAACAUCCCCGUCUUCUUCAUCCAGGAUGCCAUCCAAUUCCCCGAUCUGAUCCACGCGGUCAAGCCCAGCGGCGACAACGAGAUCCCCCAGGCCGCCACCGCCCACGACUCCGCCUGGGACUUCUUCAGCCAGCAGCCCAGUGCCCUGCACACGCUGUUUUGGGCCAUGGCCGGCCACGGCAUCCCACGCUCGUUCCGCCACGUCGAUGGGUUCGGCGUGCACACAUUCCGGUUCGUCACAGAUAACGGCGCGUCGAAGCUGGUUAAGUUCCACUGGAAGUCGCUACAGGGUAAGGCCAGUAUGGUCUGGGAGGAAGCCCAGCAGGUAUCCGGCAAGAACUCGGACUUUAUGCGCCAGGACAUGUGGGAUGCGAUUGAGGCGGGGAGAUAUCCGGAGUGGGAGCUCGGCGUGCAAAUCAUGAGCGAAGACGACCAGCUGCGCUUCGGCUUCGAUCUGCUCGACCCGACCAAAAUUGUGCCGGAGGAAUACGUCCCCAUCACCAAACUGGGCAAGAUGACGCUGAACCGGAACCCACGCAAUUACUUUGCUGAGACGGAGCAGGUCAUGUUCCAACCCGGCCACAUCGUCCGCGGCGUCGACUUCACCGACGAUCCGCUCCUGCAGGGCCGACUGUUCUCGUACCUGGACACGCAGCUGAACCGCCACGGCGGGCCCAACUUCGAGCAAAUCCCAAUCAACCAGCCCCGCGUGCCUGUUCAUAACAAUAACCGGGACGGCGCAGCCCAAAUGUUCAUCCCCCUCAACCCCUCCGCCUACACCCCCAACACACUCUCCCCGCCCAACCUCCCCAAACAAGCCAACCAAACCACCGGCCGAGGGUUCUUCACCACGCCCUCCCGCCGCCCCUCGGGCCUUCUCCAGCGCUCCACCUCCCCCACCUUCUCGGACGUGUGGUCCCAACCCCGCCUCUUCUAUAACUCGCUCCACCCAGCGGAACAACAAUUCCUCAUCGACGCCAUGCGCUUCGAAACCAGCCACAUCAAAUCGUCCACCGUGCGCCAGAACGUACUCAUUCAGUUGAAUCGCGUGUCGCAUGAUCUUGCCGUGAGAGUUGCGAGCGCGUUGGGGAUGGAUGCUCCCGCUCCUGACCCGACUUAUUAUCAUAAUAAUAGGACGAGGGAUGUGGGGACCGUGGGCGGGCUGAGCAGCUUGGCUGGGUUGAAGGUGGGUGUUUUGGGGACGGUGAGUGGGAAUGGGAAUGGGAAUGGGUUGGAUGACGCGGUGGAGUUGGCUCGGUUGUUGAAGGGCGAUGGUGUCGAUGUGCUUCUUGUGGCGGAGUAUCUUGCUAAGGGCGUCGAUCAGACUUAUUCGGCGUCAGAUGCGGUGCAGUUUGAUGCGGUGGUUGUGGCGGAUGGUGCAGAGGGGUUGUUUGCUCCGAGGUCGUUGACCGCGUCGCAGCGUGCUCCUUCAUCUUCUUCUUCGGUGGCUGCGUCGGUGUCGGCGUCGGCGUCAGCUAGUGCUGGAGCUGGAGCUGGAGCUGGAGCUGGAGCUGCACUUGGCAGAACCACCCUCUACCCAGCGGGCCGCCCCCUCGAGAUCCUGAUCGACGCGUUCCGCUUCGGAAAGACGGUUGGCGCGCUCGGGAGCGGCGAGCAGGCGCUGCGGAAUGCGGGGAUCGACGUGAAUCGGGACGGGGUGGUGGUGGCGGACUCGGUCGACGACGGGUUCGCGGACCAUGUGCGGCAGGGGCUGCACACGUUCAAGUUCCUGGAUCGGUUUGCGGUGGAUUCGAAUUGAGUGCUCAUAUUUAUUGACACUGGCUGACACUGAUUGACACUGAUUGACACUGACUGACACUGGUCGACACUGGCUGGCUGGUUGGGUGACUGGCUGGGUGAUUGGGCUGGACUAUGGUAUGACACUGGCUGGUGGUUGGUCUGCAGUGCACUAUCUAGGCUGGUUGGCUGGUUUGCUGGCUGGCUGGCUGGGAGUUGCCGGGUGGAUGUCGCCGUGCGGUGUUAUCUGGGGUCACAGUGUGCGGUGCAGUGCAGUGCAGUGCAGUGCAGCAGAGCGGAGCAGUUCGCAGCCUUGAUGGUUGCCUUCUUGUAAUUAAAUUAAGUUUAUUAAAAGUGCCUACCUACAUAAUUUACUCGGCGGCGCUGGAUUUGAUAUGGCUGGCUGGCUGCUGCUAAUAUGCAAUCAAUCACCAAUGUUGAC